UGAGCAUCACCAAACAACAUAAAAGGACUCAGGUCUGGGCUUCUGGGUCCACAAUCGCCAGGAAGAGUCUUCUGCAGCCUCCACAGAAUCAGGCUCACACCCGUCCCUCCGAGAUGUCCUGCCAGCAGAACCAGCAGCAGUGCCAGCCCCCUCCCAAGUGCCCCACCCCCAAGUGCCCCCCCAAGAGCCCAGCACAGUGCUUGCCUCCAGCCUCCAGCUCUGGGGGCUGCUGUGCCUCCAGCUCUGGGGGCUGCUGUGGCCCCAGCUCUGGGGGCUGCUGUGGCCCCAGCUCUGGAGGCUGCUGUGGCCCCAGCUCCGGGGGCGGCUGCUGCCUGAGCCACCACAGGCGCCACAGGUCCCACCGAUGCCGGCGCCAGAGCUCCAAGUCCUGUGACAGUGGCAGUGGUCAGCAGUCUGGGGGCUCCGGCUGUGGCCACCAUGGCUCUGGGGGCUGCUGCUGA